AGCUGUAACUAAUCAGCCAUGAAUGGAAGUAGAAAUGGUGUACUUAUAGAAGAAGAAGAAGAAAAGAGAUUAUACACAGAAGAUGGAUCAGUUGAUCUCAGAGGCCAACCUGUUCUUCGAUCCAACACAGGUCGAUGGACUGCUUGUUCCUUCAUGGUUGUGUAUGAAGUGUUCGAGCGAAUGGCGUACCAUGGAAUAUCGAGCUAUCUAUUCAUAUAUUUAACGACAAAACUACACCAGGGCACAGUCACCUCGGCCAACAAUGUCACUAAUUGGCUCGGCACCAAUUGGAUGAUCACUGUCUUGGGUGCUUAUGUCGCCGAUGCUCUUUUGGGUCGUUACUGGACUUUUUUAAUCGGCAGCGCGAUCUACUUCUUGGGAAUGUCUCUUUUAACUCUUUCAGUAUCUAUCGAUCCUUUAAAACCAAGUUCGUGUUCAGACUCAACUGAUGUCCAUUGUCAGCCAACUACAUUACAACUAGUUGUAUUCUUUGCUGCCCUAUACAUCCUAUCACUUGGCAAUGGUGGAGCUAAGCCAAAUAUUUCGACCAUCGGGGCAGAUCAAUUUGACGAGUUCGACCCUAGGGAGAAAGCUCAAAAACUUUCCUUCUUCAAUUGGUGGAUGUUUAGCAUAUUUCUUGGUUCAUUAUUUGCAACUACUGUGCUUGUCUACAUUCAGGACAACGUGGGGUGGACGCUCGGGUAUGGAAUCCCGACCAUUGGAAUAGCUAUAUCGAUAUUGAUAUUUUUUGCUGGGACACCCUUCUAUCGGCACAAGAGGCCCAUGGGAAGCCCAUUUACAAAAAUGAUUAAGGUCAUUGUGUCUUCGAUUAUCAAGUGGAAGGUGGAGAUCCCGACAGACCCUAAGGAACUCUUUGAGUUUGAUCCAAUAGAGUAUCGCAAAGGGAAGUACAUGAUUGAUUCUACAACUGGCAUGAGAUUCCUCAACAAAGCAUGUCUAAGAACAAACUCUAGCAAGCCAUGGCUCCUUUGCUCGGUCACACAAGUAGAAGAAACCAAGCAGAUGCUUCGAAUGAUCCCGAUCCUCGUCGUCACCUUCAUCCCGAGCACACUCUAUGCUCAAUACACGACACUUUUUGUGAAGCAAAGCACCACUCUCAACCUGCACAUUGGCUCCUUCGAGGUCCCUCCCGCCAGUAUAGUCGGAUUCAUCUCCCUCUCCAUGCUCAUAACCGUUGUGUUUUAUGAUCGGAUCUUCGUCAAGACAAUAAGAAAAUGGACCAAAAACCCUAGAGGCAUUACCCUCCUCCAACGAAUGGGAAUCGGCAUGAUCUUGCACAUCACUGUCAUGGCCAUUGCCUCGCUAAUCGAGCGGUAUAGAAUCCAUGUCGCUAGAGAGAAUGGCGUAGUCGAGAAUGGGAAUCAAGUCCCUUUAUCACUAUUCAUUCUAUUGCCUCAGUUCAUACUAUUUGGCAUGUCAGAUGCAUUCUUGAAUGUGGCGAAGGUCGAGUUCUUCUAUGACCAAGCGCCUGAGAGUAUGAAGAGUUUAGGGACAUCGUAUUGGAUGAUUAGUCUUGGAGCUGGGAACUUCCUCAGCAGCUUGUUGCUGACCAUUGUGUCGAAUGUCACGAGUGUAGAGGGGCACGACGGAUGGAUUAGGAACAACCUUAACGACUCGCACUUGGAUUAUUAUUACGCGCUCCUCGCCAUCUUGAGCGCCGUUAACUUUGUCUUGUUUCUUGCUGUGGCGAGGUUUUAUGUCUAUAGAGCCGAAGUUUCGGAUUCGAUGAAAGUGCUUGCGGAAGAGCUGAUGGUUCGAAAAAUGCGAGGAGAGGAAUGAAGAAAUUAUUUCAAA